AUGUCCAAAGAAAACGCCCCAAACACGAAGCUGAAAGGGUCCAGACGGCCGGUGUUUCGUGCUGUUCUUUCCUUCCGUGCUCGGGGGGUGUCCUCGCCGUCCUCGCCGUCUUCCGCUCCAGAUGGCGCUCCCUUCCUGGCGCCGGCGGAGCUGCCGCAGUUCCCCGAGCCACGGGAGGAUUUGAUGGCGGCGGAGUACACGGUGAAUCGAGGCGUGUCCAACGUGCCGAAGAUCCUGGAGCACGGACGAGCACAUGACUGCGACGAUGGAGAACAUGCCAGCAAGAACAAGUGUUUGACCCACGAAAACCGCAAAUGCAUGUGGGUCAGGCUUCACAGUCAUGAUCCACGCCCACUGGUGCAGAAGGAGACCGCCUUUUGCAUGCCUUGCCAACUGGAUGGCGUCGAUCUGCCCUGUUGGAACAGCGGCGCCUGGUUGGGUGGCGGCCAGGUCAUGGAGUGUGAGAUGUCCUGCCUUCAUCAGAAGCGGGUGAUGCAACCGCAGUACUCCUGCACCGACUUCACCGGCAUCGAUAGCCAGACGUCCUGCUUCGGCCGCGGCGAUGAAACCAGCUCCAAGUGCAUGUUCAUCACCUACCAGGAUCAGCAUGGGGCGACCAAGUCCUCCUGUGCGCCUUGCGAGCUGCAAGGGGUGGGCAACAUCGAUUGCCCGGUGAGUGGCAUGACAGGCCCCGAGGUGAACUCCACCGUAACGAUGUGUGCCAGCCAGUGCGAGGCUCCCAGGCCCGACGCCCACGUGACGCUGGCACCCUCCGUGACCAACCCAGGCCUCAGCCGCGUCUCCGCGCGCCCCGACGAGAUGGUCACCGCGCCCGUGUCGCCGCCGCUGCCGCCCGCCGAGGGCGAGACUGCCUUGGCCACGCGGGCGCAGGCAAGGAAAAAAUUUUUCCUUUAA